UUUCGGUCUUUUUUUUCGUUCAUUUCUUCAUUGUACAUCCUCGGUACGCUCCAGGGAGCCCGGGUUUUUUCGCUUCUUAAUUUACGACUUUAUUUAUUCCCCAUUCUUUUCGUUUUUACCAUCUUUAAACAUACUGCGUGUGUUGCUUUCUCUGUGUUUUAGCAGCUAUUGUAUUUUCGUCAACAUGUCUUCUCUUUUUGCUCGUCUCUUCCUCCUAGCCGCGUCUGUGACGCCGGCGUUGGCUUUCUGCGGAGCGCACACACAUCUCGACCGAAGGGCUGAAGGAGAAGGAGUACCCAUCUCUACUUUCGGCUACACUUCAACAAUAGGGCCUGUCAUGUGGGCCCAGCUCGACCCCGAGGCCAACCAACUAUGCUCGACAGGCACUAACCAGUCCCCCAUUAACAUGGUGGAAGGACAAUUUCAACUUAUCCCGGCAUCCGACACGCAGCUUACUAUCCCUGAUGUCCCGGAAGGCGCUGAGUUCGAAAACCUUGGAUCGACGGUGGAGGUUGUUAUGGAAGGAAAGGGUGGCACUUUUGUUCUCGAGGGGAAGACGUUCGAGCUCCAGCAAUUCCAUUUCCAUCAUCCUAGCGAACACGUGGACAACGGUGUUAGCAUGCCCAUGGAAAUGCACUUGGUGUUCAGUGGAGAGAAUGAAGAGAUCGCCGUCAUUGGUGUCUAUGUCGACCUCGUAGACACUGCUCCGGUACUUCAAGUACACAUUGUUCCUCGAGCAGCCCCGACGACCUUCCUCGAAACGAUAUUCUCUUCCAUUGCAGAGAUUGCCACCCCUGGCACCAAGACUACUACUAAGCCUCUGGUCAUGUCCGAGUUGGUCAACGUUUUACAGGCUGGCAGCUUCCAAAGAUAUACGGGCUCUCUCACGACGCCGCCGUGCUCCGAAAGCGUUGCCUGGUCCGUGGCAACUGAGAAGCUCAGGCUCUCCAAGACUACCUACCAAGCAGUGCGUGACGUGGUUGGGUUCAACGCUAGGUUCCCUCAGAACAAUCUGGGAGAUCAGAACCUGCUUUCACUCGCCUUGGGCGGAGAAGUAGCAUUGGCCAUAAAGGCACCGCUUAACACCACAUCAAUACAUCGACGAAGGCGUGCCGUUCAAUGGUGAUCUGACAAGGGGUAAUGAUGGGUAGUCGAGUCGGAAAAUUUCAGGGUCUUGGAAUUAGAAGGGAUCAAGGAUUAAGGACAUGUGAUAGAGAGUAAGCCAGGCUCUCGGCUUUGUGUGGCAUUUGAUAAUGACGGAAGUGUGGACAUUUCGACGAAAGUUCUUUGCUCAUAUACAUAUAAUGCUGUUAGGCUUGGACGAAAUAAAAGACCGUGUAUGCCUGAUAUGGUUUCUAAUGAGGCUUUUUCGUGAGAGAUCGACAUGAAAUUUCGAGGUGUUUUUUUUUAAAUACUAUUUGCCUACUAUGAAUGUAGUACACUAACUACUAGGUAGGGUAGGUUAGAAUCGACUUGGGAAUAGAUACCUUAUAGACCUGGGAAUGUAGGCAUUGUAGGGUAGGUACAGAGUAUAAAAGAAGAUUGAAGAAGAAAAUAUCCAAGUUUCAGAUGAGUUAAAUUCCAAGAUAAGACUUCCAAUGCAGUUGUCAUGUUAAGCUUCAAACCAAGAGUCGGGGCUUCUUGGUUUUCCCUUGCCAAGC